CUGGCUGCAGCUUUUGGUCAGCUCUCUCCUGAUGGGGCGAGCGGAGCCGUCCAGGGCUGGAAUUCCCAUUUGCCGCUGUGGAGCGUGUCGAUGCGUCAGCUGGUGUGUGUGAGGGAAGGAGAGGGAGAGGGAGAAAGGGCGUGUGAUAUACGAUUGCUGUGUCACGAUCCACAUGUGACGACCGUCCUCACAGACAGAGCAUCCAGGCUGCUCCCUCUUUCUGGUGAUUUCCCUGUAGAAGAAAAAGUGAGGCAGAAAGGAGAGAGAGAGAGAGAGAGAGAGAGAGAGAGAGAGAGAGAGAGGAGGUGAGAGAGACAGAGGGAGGAGAGAAUAGCCUUCAGACAAUCAGUGUGUGAGAGAGAGAGAGAGAGGUAGAAGCAGGGGGAGAGAGGAGCUGGCUGGCAAACAAUAGUUGAACAACAAUCCGUGUUGUGCAGGAUCUCAGCGUCUCUGUGGUCCGGACGCCUCCAGGGUUCCUGCUGCCCGGUGCUGAAGUCUGUGGUGGAUCCAGACGGCGGGGGAUGGAGCGGCCCGACCAGUCCACCCUCCUCCCGCUUCUCUCCCUGCAGCCCGUUGACCUUGAACCUCCGCUGUGCUAGCAGCGAGAAACCAGAGGGAAACAGAGACACUCCCCUUUCGCUAAGACCCCGAAGCACACGACUCGUUGCGAGAGGCUAAAGGAACCGCAUACGAGACAACGUGUCGGACGUCCCGUCAGGAUCCGGAGCCUCGGGGUGGCCCCAUCAUGAAACCUUCGAUCUCUGCGGGGCCCCCUUCUGGCCUGCUGCUCGUCCUGAUGUGCUGCCCCCUGCUGGGCUCGGUGCAGUCGGCCAGCGGCAAGAAGGCCGGUGAUAAUGGACACCCGCACCUGGGGGACUCUGACCCGGAGCGAUGCAUGAGGCACCACUUUGUGGAGACCAUUACACAUCCCAUUUAUAAGUGCAACUCCAAGAUGGUGCUGCUGGCGCGCUGCGAGGGCCACUGCAGCCACACCACCCGCUCCGACCCCCUCAUCUCCUUCAGCUCCGUGCUCAAGCAGCCCUUCAAGAGCACCUGCUCCUGCUGCCGGCCGCACACCUCCAAGCUGAAGGCCGUGAGGCUGCGCUGCUCCGGCGGGACUCGCAUCACAGCCACUUACAGAUACAUCCUCGCCUGCAACUGCGAGGAGUGCAGCUGAGCAGGGAGCGGCGCCGUCCAAACCCUCCAGACUCUAAAGACCCAGCAUUUUUCUUGGCCUCGGACGUUAAUCUACAGCUUUCCAGAGCGUUUUGGUUGAUUAUUGGAUCAGAGCAUCGCCCCAGAGGACGGCAGCUCAACGUGCUCGUUGUGAUGUUGGGAGUGACAGUUUGGAGCCAUGGUACCACCCUCACACAGGCCUCAGCGUCGACCUGCAGCCCCGGGGACUCACACACAACAUCUAUACCCUCUCCUCUAUGUGCAUUCAAUCAGCGUAAAUCAUCAGAAGCAUAUUUCUCCAGCACUCGAGGCCAAACACCACAAACUGCUGCUCCCACGAGGCAGCCGGAGACCCUCCUCACUGCCGAGAGAGAGGUCUGUAAACCACAGAGCUCUUUACAAAUAUCUGCUACAGGCUCCAUUAAAGCUCCGGCGUGCGUUUGACGACAAAAUGCAACACGGCUCGUUAAAGAGCAGCCUGGGAAAGGACGAGGCCCGGGGAGAGCGAGCGGAUCCACAUGUGGCAGCGAGAGAGGGCACCUGCGUUUACUCACCCUAUAAUAUUCUACACGCUUUCCUCUCGCUGUGUAAAACACGAGCGGACAGCAGAGCUCAUCACGGGAACUGUGGAAACGACGUAAAGGAAGAAGGCUCUGUCGUCCUCUGGGUGGCGCUGUGGACUCAGACUGUGGAUCGGUGUUGAUUUGAAAUGUAAACUGUUCUCUUUGAAUCUCUGAUUGUUCCUGUCCACAUUAUUGAAACUUUCGCUGCGAUCAGGAAACUGCUGCUUUGUGCCUGUGGUGUAUUGUUACUAACGACACGUCCAGUGUUUCCUCGUCGCUCCGCGCUCGCCUGUGAACAGGAAGUCAAACUGUCGUCAUCAGCCGCCAUUUAAACUUCAACUCUGCUAGUUGCAUUAAAAACUCAUAAAACUUUUCAAACUCCAUGAAAAGUUCACUUAGAUUUGGAAUAAACUGAUUUUCUUGGGUUACGUUGAAGUAAAGAAACACCACGACGUCAUAUUCCUGAAAUCAAAACUUCAUCUGAAAACUUCAUUGUGAAACUUCGAGUCCACCGAGUUUAUGGUGUUUGAAACUCUAACUUUGAAACAUCUGUCUGACCUGAUGUGGUUUGAAUUCCACUCUAUGAAAUUACCAGAAGAUUAUUUCAAGUUGUGCACAAAUUCAGAUGCAGAAGAUAAUAAAGAAAUCUGCUUCAGACGAAGUUGGUGACGUCCAGAUGUCAAAUGGAGUGGAAUCGAUCAGAUCUUCUGUCCGAUCGUGUUUCAUCCCGUCAGUCACAGAAAGUGAGAAACCAAACAUCAGGCGACUUUCUACAAAUCGCACAGAAGAUAAUUCAAACCACAUAAAUUCAGCUUUUCAAAGUAAAACGUUUCAGGACAUCAGUCCAGCUUAUAUGUUGAAGUUUAGUUUCAUCAGCUGUGAUUCGAUGCAGUGAGAAGAGCUGAUAUCAGUUAAACACCAGAUUCCCGCCUGGUUUCCUGUUGAGAUGAAGCAGCUCAGGAAACAUCACAACGUGUAAAUGUGUUUUAAAGUUUAGCUUCACAGUUACAUGUUUAAAUCAAAUGUUCACAGAAUCUCUCCAGAGUCGUUCUGACUUUUGUUUCUUCGUGUUUGUCGUGUUUAUGUGUGAAGAGCGUUUCACCUCGACUCCUCUUUAACGUAUCUGCAGAGCAAAGAAAAAGAAUCAGGGCUGAUAUAUAAAUACAUUAAAACAUGAGAACAUCUGUUCUGGAUCAAAACAUCGUGUUCGGAGCUCGUCAGACAUGAAUGUGAUUAAAAGCUGCUACUUGAAGCUGAGUGGAAAAUUAUGUUAAUUUGAAGUGAUGACGUCAGAAAUUCGCAGACGUUUGGAUCUGCACCAAAUUACACAAACAUCAGUUUCCUAAACGCGUCUGAUUUAUUACUUCAAGAUCAUGAAUUAUUCUGCGGAAUCAAUUAAAAUGUGGGAAAAAACGAACUAGAACACGAGUCAUUAGAGCUGCUUCCUCCACCAGAUCUCACACGGUCACAGACAUCAGUCCCUACACAUGAAAUCUGUGAAAUGUCCUCGUCCUCGUCUGUCCUCCAAGUUUCGUGGAAGUCUGUCCUGUGGUUUUUGUGUAAUCCUGCAAACUAACAAACAAACACAGAUUAAAAUGUGAAUUCCUUGGC